AAUAAAGGAUCAGAAUAUGAUAGAGGAGAAGCAGAGAAUAAGAUAGAAGGUUCAGAUGUAAACAGAAUGCUAUAGAAGAAGGGAGAAUGGAUAGACCCAAAUUCAAUUAAUGACUUCCCUAAAUAAUUCAAUGCAUCCCCCUCACUAAUUCCUACACCCUCUUUGUAGUCUGGAACUUCUAAAUGCUUCAUUUUACUAUUGUUGCUCUUUACCAUGUGAAUUUUGUUUAGACUGAUAUCAUUACAUAUCAUUUUAGAUUGGUAUCAACUACUUUAAUAUUGUCCGAACAAAUGAUCAGAACAUCAUUUCCAUUCUUGCUUCAUUGGCUAUGUUGAUGCAACUAAACCCUCUGUGAACAUUUCCUUUGGUUUUCUGAUUUUUCUCUUUAUUGUUCCCCAUUUUUUCUUAAAAAACCCUUUGGUCUGACUUGUCCAAACCACCUGAACUAGUCCAGACCAUUUUCGGUUCAGGGUUUUGUUCGGCUUUGAAUACUAUGACAAGUGGGGCAGGGGAGAGGUCGCAAGGGAAGAGAUAGGUUGAUCUUUCAUCCAGACGGCAAUGGGUAGCAGAGCUUUAUUUGCCAUUAGGGGAAUAUCAGUAUCCCCUCUGUUUCAGUUGCAGCGGUAUCAUGCUUGGUCAUGUGGUUCGAGAGCUCGCAACUUCUCAGCUCGAUCUUCUUUUCUUCCCCCAGACGUACAAAGUUUAGCUGAGACAGCUCGCAUCUCUCUGACCCCUAAGGAGGUUGAGGAAUUCGCGCCCAAAAUUCAGCGAGUAAUUGACUGGUUUGGACAACUUCAAGCAGUUGAUCUUCAAAGUAUUAAGCCUGCACUUAGGGCAGAUACUGAAGGUGGAAAUUUUCGUAAUGAUGUGUCUGAAUCAUUUGAGAAUAGGAAGGCGAUGUUAGCAGCUGUUCCAAGCUACGAGGAGCCAUACAUCAAAGUUCCCAGGGUUUUGAACAAGGAGUGAUGUUGUUUGGGUAACUAAUUCUCUGUAUUUGUCCCUUCUCAAGUAUGUUUCCCCCAAUCAAAAUAUUUUCUAUCUGAAUUUUUCUCCGUCUCAAUAAGAUAAUCUUCCCCUUGAUAAUCAUUAAUAGAUAUAUCUUGUUUGAUA